AAAACACGACCACGAACGAGACGAGAAAGCGAGGGAGCAGAGUGAGAGCAAGAGUGCGAGAGAGGGAGAGAGAGAGAGACUGGUGAUGCAGCAGAGAGAGAGAGAGAGAGACUGGUGAUGCAGCAGAGAGGGAGGAUUUACAACCGAAGAUCUAGGAGCUUUUCGAGGUCUCGGAUUGCCGUUGAGGGUUAUUAGCUCAUUCGCCCCUCAUUUCAUUUCUUUACUCUUAACUCGCAAAAACUCCUCGCUUUUGAGAAUCGGAAACUCGAGCUUCAAGAUAUAGCCAUGGCUGCUCAAGUUGAGGAACGUGAGGUUCAGAAAAGCUACUGGAUCGAGCACUCUUCGGAAUUAACUAUUGAAGCUAUGAUGCUUGAUUCCAAAGCCGCUGAUCUCGACAAGGAAGAGCGACCUGAAGUGCUCUCCCUACUUCCACCUUUCAAAGGGAAAGAUGUCCUGGAGCUUGGGGCAGGUAUUGGUCGCUUCACCAGUGAAUUUGCUAAAGAGGCUAAUCAGGUGCUUGCUUUGGACUUCAUUGAGAGUGUCAUAAAGAAGAAUGAAAGUGUCAAUGGUCAUUUUAAGAAUGUCAAGUUUCUAUGUGCGGAUGUAACAUCUCCAGACUUGAAGAUUGCACCAGAAUCUGUGGAUCUGAUAUUCUCAAAUUGGCUACUUAUGUACCUCUCUGAUAAAGAGGUUGAGAAGCUUGCUGAAAGGAUGGCCAUAUGGUUGAAGGUUGGGGGGUAUAUUUUCUUCAGAGAGUCCUGCUUUCAUCAAUCCGGAGAUAGUAAGCGGAAAAACAACCCAACUCACUAUCGUGAACCUAAGUUCUACACAAAGAUCUUUAAGGAAUGCCACUUGGAUGAUGGAUCUGGGAACUCCUUUGAACUCUGUCUUCUUGGAUGCAAGUGUAUUGGAGCUUAUGUGAGAAACAAAAGGAACCAAAAUCAGGUUUGUUGGAUAUGGCAAAAGGUGAAGUCAAAUGACGAUAAGGGAUUCCAACGGUUCUUGGAUAAUGUGCAGUAUAAAUGUAGUGGCAUAUUACGCUAUGAACGUGUCUUUGGAGAAGGUUUUGUGAGCACAGGAGGGAUAGAUACAACAAAGGAAUUUGUGGCAAAGUUGGAACUUAAGCCUGGCCAGAAAGUCCUUGAUGUGGGUUGUGGCAUUGGGGGAGGCGACUUCUAUAUGGCUGAAAACUUCAACGUUGAGGUUUUUGGAAUUGACCUUUCAAUAAACAUGAUUUCUUUUGCUCUUGAGCAUGCCAUUGGACGGAAAUGCUCAGUGGAAUUUGAGGUUGCUGAUUGCACCAAGAAAACAUAUCCUGACAACACAUUUGAUGUGAUCUAUAGUCGUGAUACCAUUCUUCACAUACAAGACAAACCUGCACUAUUUAAAAGCUUUUUCAAGUGGUUGAAGCCAGGAGGUAAGGUUCUCAUUAGUGAUUACUGCAAAAGAGCUGGAUCUCCAUCAAAGGAAUUUGCACAGUAUAUUGAACAAAGAGGGUAUGGACUACAUGAUGUGGAGGCAUAUGGUCAGAUGCUGAAAGAUGCUGGUUUUAAAGAAGUCAUUGCAGAAGAUCGAACUAAUCAGUUCAUAGAAGUUCUGCAGAGAGAACUGGAUGCUGUUGAGAAGGCUAGGGAGGCAUUCAUACAUGACUUUUCUGAAGAAGACUAUGAUGAAAUUGUUGGUGGUUGGAAGGCAAAGCUGGUUAGGAGUUCAUCAGGUGAACAGAGGUGGGGACUUUUCAUUGCGAAGAAAUGAUUUAUCUGGCCAACAGUGAACAGCCUUUUCAACUCUAGAAGAUCUGGACAUGUAUUUGAAGUUGUUCAUCCAUGUUAGAAGUUUGUCAUUAUCAAACUUUGUGUUUACUUAGUAGUUAGUAACUGAGUAUUAAUAUGAUGUAGAAUCUUAAUAAUCAUAAAAAUGUCUGGUUGAAUUCUUGUUUGCAUGAUGCGAAUCUGUAAGAAAAUCAUUUUAGAGAACUCAUUAGUAUGGUUUCAUAUUCAA